AUGGUUUCAGUGCUAUUCAAGCAGGACCUUCACAAUCUAGUGGCCAAUCAGACACCGUUACCGCCGAAACCCUCAUACGAUUAUAUAGUAGUCGGCUCCGGGAGUGCCGGUGCUAUUGUCGCCUGUCGUCUAUCCGAAUGGGGUUCGAAUGUACUACUAUUGGAAGCUGGCGGCGGUAUCGAUGCCCUGAUCGAUGAUAUACCCGGACUGGUAACACAUUCCGAUGCUACGAGCCAUUGGAACUACCAGUUGGUUAGGCAACAGUUUUCCGGACAUUCCUAUCCGGACAGUGGCCAACAAAUUGAACUAAGCGGCCGUAUAUUAGGCGGUACGUCAACGUUUCAGGGAAUGAUAUAUAAUAGCGAUCAGUAUCACGGACGACAGGGACCGGUAGUUGUGUCGACAUUCGAUGAAAUCUAUCCGAUAUUCGAGAAACAGGCUGAGGCUGCCCUUGAAUGGGGACUGGAGUAUACCGAUUAUAACGGUCCCAAACAAACCGGAUUUACAUAUCCGCAGUCGACUAUUGAUCGGGGAAUCAAACAAUCGACUUAUAAUUCAUAUUUGAUUAGCGGUUUGUGUCCAAAAUUGACAAUUGUUACCCGGGCUCAGGUAUCCAAAAUACUUAUUGAACGUACAGGCACUGGUCAGGGUCAUACUCUUCCUCGGGCACAGGGAGUCGAGUUUAUUAAAGACAAGCGCACACAUAGAGUAUUAGCGGACAAGGAGGUAAUUUUAUCGGCAGGUAAAAUAGCCAGUCCUCAGUUGCUAAUGGUGUCGGGUGUGGGACCGGCCGAUCAAUUGAAGUCCAUCGACGGUAUCUCUGAAAUCUAUUCAGACAUACCAGCCGUUGGCAACAAUUUUCACAAUCAUUUAACUAUUAUACUGGAGUUUCCCGUCAGCCGUACGGAUAUGGUUUGGCCAGUAAAUCAAUUGGACAAUCUAACACAACUGUACGAGUCGACUGUCCACGGCCGUGGUCUAUUGGCACAGUAUCCGUGGACUGGUAUCUAUUGGUCAUCAUCAUCAUCAUCAUCGGCUAAUAGCAAUACCAGUUUGCUUGAGGAGGAUGACUAUCCCGAUCUAUAUGUUGAAUGUAUGGUUAUGCACUCAGGCCUAUAUCAUCCGGGUAUCAACUCUACCUAUUCGAUGCUAUUCUAUCCGAUGCUUGUCCGGCCGUUAAGCACGGGUACCGUCCGACUGAACAAUAGCUGCCGUAUCGAAGAUCAGCCGCUAAUUGAUCCCAAUUUUUUGGCGAUCGAUAGCGAUCGCCAACGGUUUCGUCAGGCAGUGGUCGAUAUUUUCCGAUUUGUCGAGACGACCAGUUUCGGCCAAUACGUUAGUAUACCCACUGAACCGAUAGCUCCCUGUCAGUACUGUCCACCAGGUAGUGGUCCAGUCUAUCAAUGUCUUAGCUAUAUUGACUGUCUGAUUGAACAAUGGUCGGGUAGUAUAUGGCAUUCAGUGGGCACUUGUCGUAUGGGUGAUCCCCAGCGUACGGAUACUGUAGUCGAUCCCAGAUUGCGUGUCAAAGGUAUUCAAGGGCUACGUGUUGUCGACUUAUCCAUCUAUCCGGAGAUAAUGAAUGCCAAUCCCGGAGCUGCGGCAAUGUUGGCCGGAGAGAUGGGCGCCCGAUUCAAAAUCAAUUUGACAGACAAUUAG